CUCGCCGAGGCUGGACGAUCCACUGCAUCUGCAGCUGCUUUCAUUCCCUUUAUUCUCCCUCGCAUUGCUCAUCAUUCCCAUUGAGUUUGCGAGUUUGCGAGCUGAGUCGGGCACAUCAGUGCUGUCUAGUAACUCGUCAUGACUACCCUGAAACCUCGCGAGCCUUACUCCCAGGAGGAGUUGGAGCGCCUCUACCCCAGCGACUUGAAGCUUCAACUGGUCCAAGUAUUCCUUCGUCAUGGUGAACGAACACCCGUGUCUUCGCGAUUCCAAAACGCAGGACUCGCCCCAUAUUGGUCGUACUGCACCGUCGCGCGCCAGAUGCUCCAGAUGGCCGCGAGCAAUAAGGACCUCACAACCUGGAACGGAUUCCAAUGGCGUCGGAAACACGAGUCCUUCGGCAGCAAGGAUGAAACCGUCGCUGCAGUCGGCGCAUCGGGUGAGGUGGACGGUAUCUGUCUACACGGCGAAUUGACCGACAAAGGACGCGAGACAACCUAUGCACUGGGCCAGCGCCUCCGCCAUCUCUACGUCGACCAGCUCGGCUUCUUGCCCAAGAUCAAAUCUGACACUGAGGACAUGUACCUCCGUGCGACACCCAUUCCCCGUGCGCUCGAGUCCCUUCAACAAGCCUUCUGGGGCCUAUAUCCCCCCAAUGCCCGCACCCAGGACUUUCCGCCCCCUGUGAUCGUAGGACGAUCCGUAUCGGAAGAGACACUGUUCCCCAACGAGGGCAACUGCCGUCGCUUUAGACAACUCUCCCGACUAUUCGCGGAUAGGGCCGCACUCCGAUGGAACGAAACCGACGAAAUGGAGUACCUGAACAAGCUCUGGUCCAAAUGGAUGCCCGACACCUCCCCCCGCGUGGCCGUGGACUCCCACCCGCGCCUCUCCGGCAUCAUGGACACCGUCAAUGCCACUGACGCCCACGGGCCCGCCACCCGCCUCCCCAAGGAAUUCUACGACACCAAAGCCCGCGAGUACAUGGACCGCAUCGCCGUGGACGAGUGGUACUCCGGCUACACCGACAGCGUGGAGUACCGCAAGCUGGGCAUUGGCGCGCUGAUGGGAGACGUCGUCGACCGCAUGGUCAGCACGGCCGUCGCCCCUGGGGGUUGGCGCAGCGAGGCCGCCACCAACCACCGCCAAAGCCAAGCCAUCAAGUUCGCCAUGAGCGGCUGCCAUGACACCACCCUGGCCGCUAUCCUGAGCAGUGUCGGCGCCUUCGGAAACAGCAAAUGGCCCCCCUUCACUUCCUCCGUGGCCAUCGAACUCUUCUCCAAAGCCUCCGACAACGACACCACCACCACCAACGCCAGUGAGAGCGGAACCUCCUCCCUCCUCUCCCUCCUCCCCUCCUCCUCCACAAAGUCCCAAAUGGAAACCGACCGCGUCCCCCUCGCCGCCCUCCCCGACUCCGCCCGCCAAUCCCUCCGCACCCACUACGUCCGCAUCCGCUACAACGACCGCAUCGUCCGCGUCCCCGGCUGCGCCGCCAAGCCCGAGAACCACCUCCCCGGCGACGAGACCUUCUGCACGCUGGAUGCCUUCAAGGAGAUCGUUGACAAAUUCACGCCGCAGAACUGGGGCGAGGAGUGCAUGCAGAACCUCGGGGAGGGGCUGUUCGGCAAGGAUGACCGCGAGAAGGUUCCCGCUGGGGUUUGA